AUGUCGACGCUGUACGUCACCGAGCCGCCGACCGACGGCAAGAUCCUCUUGCACACGUCCAAGGGCGAGAUCGAGAUUGAGCUAUGGGCGAAAGAGGCGCCCAAGGCAUGCCGUAAUAUCAUUGCGCUUGCGCUCGAGGGAUACUACGAUACGUGCGUUUGGCACCGCAUCGUACCUGGCUUUUGCAUCCAGACCGGCGAUCCGACGGGUACAGGCACAGGGGGUGAGUCGGUAUACGGCCAUCCGUUUGCCGAUGAGCUGCACCAGCGUCUGCGCUUUAACCGCCGCGGACUCGUUGCGAUGGCCAAUACAGGCAUGCGCAACUCCAACGACAGCCAAUUUUUUAUUACGCUCGACGCGACGCCAGAGCUGCAGAACAAGCAUACUAUCUUUGGUCGUGUGGCAGGCACCACGAUUUACAAUGCCCUUGCUUUGUCCGAAGUUGAACUGUCGACCGAAGUGCCGGACCGACCCGUUUAUCCCCCGAAACUCUUGCGCGUCGAGGUCGUGCACAACCCUUUUCAUGACAUUGUUCCUCGAAUUACUCGGGAAGAGAAGGAGGCACAGGCAGCGGCACGGAAACGCAUCGCUGAGGAACGCGCACAGCCGGAACACGAGCUAAAGCGGAAAAAGAAGAACACGGCGCUGCUCAGCUUUGGCGAAGAGGAAGAGGCGGCGCCGGUGCCGCGCAACGCCCGCAAGCCGAUCAGCAGCCACGAUUUGCUGCACGACAAGAAGCUCAGCAAGAAGGAGAUCCAGCGUAAAGAGCCGCCGAAAACCGCACCGCCCGCGCCAGAACCAGUACCGGAACCCGCACCUCUGUCGCCGCCGCAGGCUGCACCGAAAUCCAAAGAGGUGGAAAAACUAGAGGCAGCCAUUCAGCGGGGCGCACGCAGCGCCGCGCACGAUACCAAGCCCCGUGCGGCGCCAGCAGGACGCGAUUUUCUCGCAUCCAUGGUCGAUCAAUACCGCCAAAAGAAGCCUCAAAAGGGCGAGUCCCAGACUCUGUCGAUGCUCAAUGAAUUCCGCAAGAAUAUGCGCAAGGCGGACGCGGCGCCGGCGCGCGAAAAGCAACGGCCUACCGAGGUAUGGGAAGAAGAGGAGUCGAUGCGUGAGUAUGGCGCAAGCGACGACGAGGACGACGGGAAGAAUUGGCGCGAGCACCGCUUCGAUUCGGGCGGCAUGCCUUUGACAGGCUCGAGCGACAAAUUCUCGGUGCACGACUACGAAGUGGUCGACUCGCGCGAUACUACGAGUGAUUUGGCCGCAUCUCUAGGAGAGCAAAAGAUCAAGCGCGAAGGGCGCCAGGGCCGCGACUGGACGUAG